AUUUUGUGCUAAACAAAUCCUUCGCUGUAUAUGCAUAUCCGUACAAGUCAGCAUACUUAUUAUAAGCGGCUCCAGAAUAAUCUGCACCCUUCAUUUACAAGUCAACCAAUCCACCAUUUCCACCUUCAUGUUCACCACCACAUCUCCACCAUGAUCAACCACCACCUCCUCCUCCUCACCACCCUCCUCCUCCUCCUCCGAUCCCCACCGUCCUCCGCCGUCGACUUCCUCUUCAACUCCUUCAACUCCACCUCCAUCUCCCUCUACGGCAACGCCACCAUCCAAUACACCACUCUCACCCUCACCACCUCCACCCCUAGCCAAAUCGGCCGUGCUCUUUACCCCAACAAAAUACCCACCAAAAACCAAUCAUCCAUUCUCCCUUUCUCCACCUCCUUCAUCUUCUCCAUGGCCCCAUCUCGCAACGUUCUCCCGGGCCACGGUUUCGUCUUCAUCUUCACUCCUGUCACCGGCAUCAACGACACCAGUUCAGCCCAGAAUCUCGGCCUGUUUAGCCGCACAGUUGAUGGGAAUUCAUCCAAUCACGUGUUUGGUAUAGAAUUCGAUGUGUUUCGGAACGAAGAGUUUAGAGAUAUUAAUGAUAAUCAUGUUGGGAUUGAUCUCAACUCGUUGACUUCUGUUAAUGCCUCUGAAGCUGGAUACUAUGAUGAUAAUAAUGAUGAUGGUGGUGUUAAUGAUGAUGGGUUUAGGGUUGUGAAGCUUAAUGAUGGGAGAAACUAUCAGGUGUGGGUGGAUUAUGAUGGGUUUGUGAUGAAUGUGACUAUGGCUCCUGUUGGUGUUAAGAAGCCCACCAGGUGUUUGAUGGAAGUCCCCUUAGAUCUUUCUGCUGUUUUUGAGGAUGAGAUGUAUGUGGGCUUUACUGCUUCUACCGGGACUUUGACUCAGAGUCAUAGGAUUUUGGGUUGGAGUUUUAGUAACUCGAAUUUUUCGUUUAGUGAUGGUUUGGUUAUCGAGGGGUUGCCUUCAUUUGUGCUGCCUGGUGAGUCGGUUUUAAAGUCGACAGGGUUUGUUGUUGGGUUGAGUUUAGGGGUUUUGUUUGUGGUGGUGAGUUGUGGUGUGGGUGUGUUUGUUUGGGUUAGGAGGAAGAGGAGGUUGGCGAAAGCGAGAGCGGAUAUGGAGGAUUGGGAGUUGGAGUAUUGGCCGCAUAGGAUUCCGUUUCAAGAGAUUUUAUUGGCGACCAAGAGUUUUAGUGAUGAGAAUGUAAUUGGGGUCGGCGGGAAUGGGAAAGUUUAUAAAGGGGUUAUUGGAGGAACGGAGAUCGCAGUGAAGCGGAUUAAUCAUGAUAAUAAUGAUGGCGUUCGCGAGUUCUUGGCCGAGGUUUCGAGUCUUGGAAGGUUGAAACAUAGAAACUUGGUUGGAUUGAGAGGAUGGUGUAAGAAAGAAAAGGGUAGUUUGAUCUUGGUUUACGAUUAUAUGGAAAAUGGGAGUUUGGACAAGAUGUUGUUUGAUGGUAAAGAUGAUAACAAAAUCUUGAAUUUCGAAGAUAGAAUGAAGAUCUUGAAAGAUGUAGCGAACGGGAUUUUAUAUCUACACGAAGGGUGGGAAGCGAAGGUGUUGCAUAGAGACAUCAAGUCAAGUAAUGUGUUACUCGACAAACAAAUGAAUGCAAAGUUAGGUGAUUUCGGGUUAGCCCGUAUGCACCAACAUGGUCAAGUGGCUACGACAACUCGGGUGGUAGGAACCGCAGGGUACCUAGCACCCGAGGUGAUCAAGACAGGCCGAGCCUCAACACAAACGGAUAUUUUCAGUUUUGGGAUUUUAAUUCUUGAAGUUAUAUGCGGAAAACGACCAAUAAAGGAAGGAGACAUCCCUUUGGUCAAUUGGGUAACCGAACUAAUGCAAAAGGACAAACUUUUUGACGCUAUAGACGAGAGGCUAAUGGCUAAGGAUGCGCUCGACCAUGAGGAGGUCGAAUGGGUGCUACACUUGGGACUAUUGUGCGCGCAUCCGGACGCAAAAAUGAGGCCAUCAAUGAGACAAAUUGUAAAGGCUUUAGAAGGGAAGAACAAGAAUGAAGUGGAUGAAGGUGAAGGUGAAGGUGAUGAAGAUGAUAUGAAAGUUUACUUGUUAGAAAGGAUGAAAUCUAAAAAUUUAUGGUCAAAAUAUGCUCAAAUGCUAAGUUCAGGAUCAUCAUUCUAUUCACAUCCAACAUUUGGGGAAAUGAGAAAUGGGAUUUCUUCUUCCAUGUCCAUUUCAUCAUCUGAUAUUGUAGAGGGUAGAUAGAUGAGUUUGUAAAUGUAUAGAAAUACAACACUUGAAAAACAUUUGAUUUUUUGUAUGGUUUUGUGAUAUGGGAAUUGAUUUGUUGUGUUAUUUAUUAUUAUUAUUAUUAUUA